AUUUGUGUUUAAAUUAUAUGUGAAAAAUAGAAGUACGAAAGUAGAACAAAGAAUCCUCCCUAGCACAAGGGCCUCGUUCUGAUUUUACAAGUUAUCAACAACAAUGAGGUAUCCACCGCGUAUGCAUGGCCCAAACUACCCACGCGAAUGUUGUACAGGCCAGGCAGUGAUAAUCCUGUGGCUUUGGUAGUCUUGGACAAUCACGAACAGCUCCAUGCAAAAUCGACUUUCGUGAAACAUCGCAACAAGAGAGCUGUUUAGAGCACCAAAACAGCGGCAAGCCUAUGGCUGUGCAUACUGUGGCAUCUUGUCAAGCAGUCGUGACUCUGAAACCAUGCCAGGCAAAACUGCACCAGUGAACCCCAAGCUUGCUCAAGUGCCAACUGUGCAGAUAGAUGCUAGUGGAACCUUUAAAUAUAUUCUCUGCAAGAUAUACGAGGGCAACAACACCAGUGAUUACAAAUAUAUUGUGCGGGGCACAGCAGAUGCAAACUUUCAUGCUGAUAUGUAUGACUAUCUGGAUGCAAACCUGGAAGCUGAAGGCAUAAGCUGUGAAUGUGUGGGAGGUGGAAAAAUUACACAUGAUCCUGAAAAUAAGUCCAUCACAAUAUUUGGAAAAUCCCAGGCUUAUGGCCCUGCAAACCAUGCAACAACAGCAGGUCUGUUGGAAGAGCAUUUUCCAGACUACACAAGUAUCACCUGGUCAGAUUAGGAUUUGCUUAAUGGGAAGCAAUCCAAAAGCUUUCACAAUUUUUAUUUCCCUUACCAUGUUUGCUAGGUCCUACUUGCACCAAAGUUUUGCAGAUUGUGGUAUGUGCUAUUCUUUUAAUUUUUAAAUUUUUUUAAUUUAAACCAUUUAUUUGUCAACAUAUAAAAGCUCAUUAUUUUUAUUAUAGAAAAUGUUAAACCCUGGUUGAUAGCUUAUUUUCAGGGGAAAUUUGAAAUACAAUGGACUUUCAUCAUUUUUGGCCCACCAUAUUCUGAAGUGAUAUAUAAUGGUAUUAUUUUGUUUAUUUUAGUCUGUGGAUCAAUAUUUGUAAAAGGAAGGAGUUUAGGAGCUUUUUAAACAAUUCAGAAUACUUGUAAGCAUAUUUUAAGCCAGUUAUGAUUGUGUCUUAGAUUACAAAUUUAGUAAUAACCUAAUAAUAGGAAACUGGAGAAAGACCAAAAACAGUGCAACUGAAAGAAAAAAAUUGAAUUUACUUUUUCCACAUUAUUUAGUUUCAGCUGUCUAGCAAAUUAUGCAAGUGCAGAAGAUCUCAUAGGAAUAAUUAAUUUCAUAUGUGCAUUCAUUAGAACUUAAAUAUACUGUAAAUGUUUCUAUUUGGUGUUAUUUUACACUCAGAUCAGGAAUAACACUGGGUGGGCUGCUGAGAGAGGAUUCCUUCAGGUUGAUAUGGAUCAGUGAAGCACAUCUUUUUAACAUAAAUCUUUUCAUUCUUCCAAAUGCUUCUAGAAGUGAGCAGUUCCAUGAUUUUAUUUUAGAUGAUUUGUUUUACAGGUAAUUGCAGUUGCCUUGUUGAAAGUUGUGAAAACUAUAGUCAUAACUACAGAAAGCUCUCCACUAACGUCUUGUAAUUUUAAUACUUCUUAAGGCAUUAGUGUCAUGUGUUUGAUGCAGCUUUGCAAGUAACAAAUUGUACAACUUGUACAUUAACUUAAAAGCUUUAAAUUGUCAGUAAAAUUUAGCUGUUCUCGUGUAAACAAGAAUAAAAUGUUCUCCUUGUUGAUUUUUUCGUUCUUGCAUCCACUAAGCUCAUUCUGCAUGCCAAAGAAGGAAAGAGUGAAAAAUAAGGAUGAAGGAUGGGGAGAGAGGAAUAAAGUUCUUGAAGACUUUUAACAUGAUUUUUUGCCAAUGAUACCAGUAACUUUGGAGCCAUAAUAUAAUGGAAAAUGCCUUCAGAGAGUUUGUCUUUUGAUGUCGUUGCUCAUUUUCCUUGUUAUCGCUAUCACUAGUGCUUGGACACCAUUGUGAAGACCUCGCAAAACUAAACAGCUUGCUUCUGGUGUUGCUGUGUUGGUUAGGAACAUGCUACAAAAUCAAGUAAUAUAUUAUGCUUUUCUUUGUAUACUUAAAAAAUAUUAUUAAAGAUGAUUGCAAGAUUGAGGACAUAAAAAUGUAUUUGUGCAAUUGUACAUUUAUUUAUAUUAGAUGACAGAUUAUAUGAGCAUGAGUACAAUGUAAUAAACACUGAAGGCUGUUCUAGAAACAAAGUGUGAUUUUGAAGGACACUGGCAAAGACUUCUGAGAAAGAAAAUAUGACUGCCAUAAUAUAAUUGUAACGUGUUUUAAUACACAUAAAUUUGUUGACCUAAAAUGUGUACUUAAUUUGGAAAGCAAAAAAUCAUUGAGGGCAAAUGAAAGUACUCCCUCCUUUUUGAUGUCAAGUUUGCCUUGAAAACUUCAAAUAUUUUAAAAGGAUGUGUUCUGUUUACAGAGUGUGUCAGGCACCUAGGUGUGUCAUACGUUUUGGUUUCCUUAAAGAUAAAAAGGUGUAGAAUUCAUUAAUGAUGUUUCGCGAAAUUGAUGUUGAGAAAUUGAUUAAGUUUUGUUGUUUCUUAUCUUAGAUUAAAGCUAUGUUAGUUUUGUUCAGAUCAAAACAUCUGUGAAAGAUAACUUUCAUUCAGAAAACGGAAGUUGAUAAAAAAAAAAAGGUGAUGCCAUUAUUUUAUAUCUGAUUUUUGCAGUGUAUCACAUUUGUUAACAUAUUCUGCUGUGGUGUUAUUAAUUCGCUACUGGCAUGAGUUUUUAAAAAAAGGUUGAAGGAUACGUUAUGUGUCUAGAUUUGUAAUGUUAGAGCAAAUUUAUCAAACUACAAUUUUUGGAUUUAUUUUUUACUGCCCACUAUGGCUUUACAAACUUGAUGGUGCUGUUAACUUAUCUUUUAGCAGCAUUGAUAGCGGAAAAACUUUAAAAAAUAUUUGCUGCUAGCCAAAAAAUAUCUAUGAGCCAUCUACUGUGCAGAUAAUUAUAUUUCUCAUAUUCAGAUGUUUUUUUCCUUCGACUUUUCAUAUUUGCUCCAAUGACUGUUACUGAUGAAAGUAAUUGCUUUUAUUUAUUUUAUUUUUUUGAGAGAGAACUAAACUGAAAAUAUUUCGAUAUUUUGGGAGUACUUUUCAUGUACUGACAGCAUUAAUCCUGGUUUAACGUUUGCAAUGCAAUUGUGAUCUCUUGGUGAUUCGAGACAUUGACGCAGUCGUUGCUUUAAAGAAGAAUUAUAACGAUUUUUGACGAGGA